CGAGCUCCAGCACACAAGGAUUUUCGACGAACCGCACAAAACGCCAUUUACCUUUGGCGCGUUUGGUUGCGCAUACGGCUGUGGUGGUUUCGCGUGUUUCUUCGGGUUCGAUUUUAGCGUGUCGCGUGAAAUUCGCGUGCUGCUCCUGGGGGCGCUCUUUUGUCGCAUGGUACUGCAUUUCGGGGUUAUACUAGCUGGCCGCGUGUAGUGUGUAGUUUUACAUCGCGUGAGUGUGUGGUUUGUGCUUUUUGUUUUGUUUGUGUUUUGGCGCAGCACCAGUGUUGUUUCGUGUGUCUCCCCAGGGGGCGGUUAUGCGUGCUGAUGGUUUGAUGCUGACAAUUUUUCCCGACCAGCAAACGCAAGAAAAAUCUUUUCUCCCUAGUGGCUAGCUCGCCAGUGUGGUUCUGUGAAACGAACCAACCAGUGUGAAAGGAAAUUUAGUAAAGAAAUACCUGUUGGCACACAGUUUCUUAUCUCGUCAAGGAUAAUAACCCGACCCUGUUCGUCACAGUUUAGAGGGAAUGCGGUUGCAGUGCGGAAAGUGAAGUUAAUACAUCCUGCCAUGUAACGUUCUCACUGUUAAGUGGAAAAUAGGCUAAACGUGAACCUAAUGCUUUGAAAUUUAUCAAUGAUGCGGAAUCAGUGUAAUUGGUGUAGCAAUAUGUUGAAGAAAUAAUAACGUAAUAAUGACGGUGUAAAAUAUACAAAAUUUGAUGUGAGCGAAGUUCAAAGCUGUUUUAUAAAAGAAAGCCGUUUAGCCUACUGGCAAAUGUGAAAAAUUUCUGCAAUAUGGUUUGAGUGUGUUAUCAAAUUCAUGUAAAGGAUAUUCGCACAAAAAUAAAACUGUUCAGUGACCCCACUCUUAAAACGGAUUAUAAAAAAAAGCAAAACGCUGCCCACCCUGUCAAUCCAACCUUCUUGCAUUCGCCUUCCGCCUACGAUGGACAUCAAGUCCCUGUCCGAGGUGCAGAAGCAAAUCUUCACGAACCUGAUCGAGAAGCUGAUUGCACACAAUAAAUUUCCACCGAGCGAAGCCGAGGACGUGCAGAAGCUGUUGGAGAACGUGCGCGAUGCCAAAAAUUUUCACAAGAUCAUGGAAAAGCUAAAGGAAUGCGGUCAGCUCGACGUCGACAUUGAGGAAAAUUUCCGCGAAGAAAAUGGCAUUUUCCUGAAAGAUACGGCGAAAAAACUCGGACCCGGCGGUCAAACGCUCACACCUCGGCACACGAUCGACGCAAUAUUAGGUUUGAAUAAUUGUGAAAACGGAGGAGACUCGAGCGAUGCAACCGAUCUCAGCGCAUCCCCUCUUAGCCAGAUCAAGUUGUGCGAUCAGCAGCAAAUGAUGGCGAAAACACAGCUACCCGCCACCUACGGUCUCGGCAGUCCCUCGAGCCCGGACAAGUAUCAGCAACAGUUAGCAAAUUACCAGAGCCACAUCAAAUCGUUGGACCUCGUGGCGGCCAGCUCCCUCGAACCGUCGUCGCCCCAGAGUGCGCUCCAUCAUCAGCUACCGUCGCACCAUCAUCUGCAUCAUCAUCAUAAUCACCAACACCCGCCGGCCGUACCUCACCUUCAUCAGCAUGCAGCCCACCACCAGCACCACCAUGCGCACAAUCACCUUCAGCAGCAUUUGCAUCAGCAGCAACAGCAGCAGCAGCAGCAACACCAGCAGCACCUUCCCCACCAACUGCCUUCGCCGACGCAUCCGUCACAGCAUCAGCUUGCGCUGCACCAUGCGCAGCAUCCUGCCCUCGGCCAGCAGCAGCCACCGCAUCCCUCCCUGGCCGAGCUCGAGUACAUGAAGACGCUCAAGGAGACGAACAAAUACUUCAUCGAUCGCAGCUAUCGAUCGCUCGGCUACGCGGCUGGUAUACGCGGUGGACCAGAAGGUCCCCCAGAGGACGGAACGGGCACCUCGGCAGGCGGUGGUGCAUCUGGCGGCGGCGAGUACGAGGAGAAUCUUUCAUCCCCAACCGGCGCUGGCAGUGGUAAUGGCAGCGGGAGUCUGAAGCGCAAAUACGACCGCACGAGGGAUGGUGAGGAUCGACCCGGAGGCAAUGGCGGAAAUGGCGACGGCGGCGUCCUGUUGCCGGACGGCUCCGAAAGCAAUCCGACGUCCGACAGCUCCAUUAACAAAUAUAAUAAGCUGCAUGAGUCAGCCGAUAAAUCAAUUAGGGCUAAUAGUUUCGAUUAUAUGAAAAAUUUCGACGAGCUGCGGGCCCGACAGGCUGCAGCGUACGAAGCGGAACAGCACCAUCAUCAUCAUCAACAGCAACAGCAGCAGCAGCAGCAGCAUCACCACCAACAACUACAAGUUCUUCACCAGCAGCAGCAGCAGCAACAGACACAACAACACCUUUCGCAAUCACAACAUCCGCAACAGACAUCGCCAUCGUCCGGGCAACACGGGACGGCUGCCGGGACCAAUGCGGGGACGGACGACUACAAUCCGCACCGACAGUCGGCGGACAGUGGUGCGGACAAGGGCGCAGACGACGGUGGCGUGAGUUACGCGUCCAGCGAAGAGCUCAAUCAAACUACGUCCAGCGAACAGGGCGAAAAGGUGGGCUCGGGCAGUGACGAUGAAGGUGGUGAUGAUAAUUGCUCGAAAAAGAAGCAUCGUCGAAAUCGGACCACUUUCACCACCUAUCAGCUGCACGAGUUAGAGCGAGCCUUCGAGAAGAGCCACUAUCCGGACGUCUAUUCGCGCGAGGAGCUGGCGAUGAAAGUGAAUUUGCCGGAAGUACGGGUACAGGUAUGGUUUCAAAAUCGACGAGCGAAAUGGCGCCGCCAGGAGAAGUCGGAAAGCUUGCGGCUAGGGUUGUCACACUUCUCCCAGCUCCCGCACCGAUUGUCCUGCAACGGUGGCAACCUUCCGGUCGAUCCAUGGCUCUCCCCGCCGCUGCUGUCCGCCCUACCAGGUUUUCGGCGUUUUGUAGGGUUCCUGUCACACCCGCAAGGAGUCUACCCGAGCUACCUGACUCCUCCGCUCAGCCUCAAUCCGUCCAACCUCGGCAUGACCAAUCUGGGGCUGGGACACCCGAACGGACCACAGAAUCUGCGCAUCUCGCCCCAGAGCAUGGCUGCCAUGACGUCCCCCCAAAUGACCGCCGGUAGCAUGCGACUUUCGCCGCCCCAUGUUAACGGAUCGCUCGGAGGUCCGCAGAACCUCUCAAUGCCUCAUCAGCCGCCUCCGGGCCCGCAUGGUCCUCCAACACCGCGCCAUUCACCGCUGGAAGCUGGCCCGUUGGGAAGUCUGACCGGAUCGCAACCACCACCAUUGCCACCCGCUGCCGGAUCCACACCCAUCACCAUACCCGUCGCAUCGCCCCAAAACCUCUCCCUGACACCGCCGGGGCUACGAUCUCCUCCUCCGGGUGCGACGACCGGCUCCGGCUCACAAGGACACCUGCAAUCGCUCAGCCCCAACUCACCCUCGCCGACGGGGUUAAAGAUGGCCUCCAAGUUGACUCCGAUCGAUCCUGGCUCGGAGAGUGACACACCCGGGUCCGCUGACACGUCCAAAGCGGGCCCAAAUACGGCCGCAUCUAGCACGCCCUCCUCGGCCGCACUCAAUAUGACGGUCAAUCAUCACCAUUCGUCGGAUAUGCGCACCAACUCCAUCGCGACACUGCGCAUCAAAGCGAAGGAACAUCUGGAAAAUCUGAGCAAAGGCAUGACAACAAUGGUGUAAUAUAUUGAGCUAUUUAAACUAUCUAUGAUUAACGCUACGAUGAUUGUUCCAGUGUGUUCUUGUACAUAACGAUAAGCGAAACCUAACUUAAACAAACGUGUUCGAAACCCUUCACCGAUUAAGAUAGGCUAACGUAGGACUAACCCGGAGCAGGAGUAAAUUAAUAUGUGAUCAGUAAGGUGGAGUUCGUUUGUGUGAAUGUAUGUUUUAUGUUUUGUAAAUAAGUGGACACAUAGUUGGAAAUAAAUUUUCAAGGCUUAAAUAUUAUGGCAAAGAAAAUAAAGACGUGACACACAUUUCCUCUCCGGCAAGCAGAUUGUGUAAGCGAUCAUGCAGGGGCUAGGGCAAGUGAAAGCUUUGCGAAGAUAAAACGAAACCAAUACACUUCAAGAAAUAGCGUUAGAAAAGCCACCAAACCACUAAAUGGAGGAGCUGUAAAUAUGUUUAAUUGCAGAUUUUGGCUUGCGUUUAAGAGCAUCCCUGUAGGCAUAAUUUAAUGUAGACAAUUUUUAGAACGCACACACCCACGAUACCGCAGCGCUUGCGAGGAUGACAUCAGGAGACAAAAAAAAACACAAAAACAAACAACAAUAACAACCAACCGUUGAAGGGUGCUGAUUUUUUUAAAACAAGAUAAAAAAAUGAUAACACAUUUGGCUUAUUUAAGAUACAACGCAAUCGGUACAGCGUUUCGAGGAGGAAGAAUGGGAAAUAAAGCAUUUGUUUCGAAAAUAACACCGGAACAGCAGUUGCGUAUUAUCCGAACAACUUCACGUCAUACAUUUCACGUCGCUCGAGUUGUAAGUAAACUUAUUGUCCGUAUUCUAGAGUAUGUUGUUCUCUCCACGACCUAAAUACCAAUAUCGGACAGAAUCUUUGGCCAACAGCAUCGAUUAGUUUACCGAAACUCUUGUUCCUUGUUUCACCUCUAUCAGUCAGCCAAUGCUUCUAGUAAUGUUCAAACAGCUUAAUUUGAGACUUGAGCAUGGUAGAUUUGAAUUUGGUAUCGAUCAGUACACAGGCAAACAAUCAUUACCAUUUUAUUGCUUUAAUUAUUUCAUCAAGCUGCGCAUUUCUUCGCACUUUAUGAGCGAGAGAAGAAGCGAUUGAAGUCAAGUACCGUUUGGCUAUUCGUUGUUAACAGAGGAAUGGUAUCGUGGUCAGCAGAAUGUGAUAACAAUCGUAGUCGGUCUACGCCUAGCUUAGCCACUAAUACGCUUGGUUGUCUGUAACUGAAUUUUGUACCCAAUGCAGAAUAGUGUCUCCUAUGUAUGGCGGUCAAGGACCAUACGGGGCUUAAACUUAUGACGGGCACAUUACGACGUGCGUCUUG